AGGAAGCAGAUUCACAGAUUAUUUGAGCAUGUGGUUUAUUGUCACAGUAGGGACCAGCGAAAGACAGACUUUUACAUGUUAAAUAUCAGGAAACAAUGGACAAACGAAGGCUGAAUCUCAAGUGGUUUGGGAGCCUCACCAAUCUCUCGGUCCGCCGCUCGCCAUCCAAGACCAGCACCAAAACAGCCCAGGAGCAUGAUGGGAGCCGUGAUGGGAGGAGCCAGGGUGGAGCCACAUCAGCAGCAGUGGUUGACCAGUCGGUGGACGACAUGGAGCCUCGCCUGCACAGACCCAGCUACGCCUGCUCCAGUGACAUGUACACACAUGUGGGCACUGUGCCCCGCAGUGAGAAGAAGAGCUGCAGGAGGCUGAAAGAAAAGAAGAAGAGCAGGAAGGAGGAGGGUGAGGGGGUGAAGGAUGGGCAGAGCCAGUGGAAGGCGAUGGAACGUGUCCAAGACUCCCCCCUGCUCAGUGCUCUGUCCAGCCUCAGUCUCACCACUGUGGACCAACAUCAGUCUAUGUCUGCACCAGUCACUCCAACACCCAGACGGGCUUCACCUUUGAACUCGUCUCCUGAAAGCCGCUCUGGUCAUUCUUCAAGAGACCACGCUCCGUCCAUCAGCAGACAUGCUCUAGAGAUUGGUAGAUGUGUGAAAAACCCAGCAAACAUGGCAGCUCAUAGUCCCAACAUGGUUCCACAGGACGUUUAUGUGUCAAUGGAUCCAAUCACCAAUGAAACUCACAACCAUCUGGACGACAAAGACGACAAAGACGAGAGACGGCGACUUCUCACAAGUAAGCAGGAAACAAAAAAUCCUCCACGGGAUGCAGAGGAUGUUGACAGAGCACAUGAUCUCACAGGCAGAGGUGGAGAGUAUGUGAAGUUCUCGAAAGGUAAAUUGCGGUUGGAGCCACCAUCAGAGGAGCAGAGGAAGCAGCUGGAGGAGGAGCUGAAGCUGAGUGGCACAAACCUGAGAAGCCAUGCCUGGUACCACGGACACAUUCCCUGGGAGGUGUCAGAGAGCCUGCUGGUGAACCAAGGCGACUUCCUCAUCAGAGACUCUCAGUCCAGUCAGGGUGACUUUGUCCUCACAUGUCACUGGGAACAGAGCAUGCGUCACUUCCUCAUCAGGACGACAGCAGUUCAGUCCAGCGAGACCUUCACCCGGAUCCAGUACAGCUUAGAGGGUGAGGCCUUCGACACGUUACCGGCCCUCGUCCACUUCUACGUGGGCAGGAAGACGCCCGUGAGCCGGUGCAGUGGCGUUCAUAUUCAACAACCGGUGAACAGGAUGCUGCCACUCAGAGAUCUGGAGACAGCCUUUGGCACAGCUGCCAGUCCACAGUCCUGCCAGCGAGGGCUGAGUAAUGACUGCACAGGUGGAGGAGAAAAGGUGGAGCAGAGGCUCCGCCCAUGGAGUCCGUCCUCUCUCCACCACAGGGAGACAGACAAAAACCAAGUGCAGGAUGAGCAGACUCAGUUGGCUCCUGAAGAAUCCAUCCCAUCAUCUCUAAACAGCAUCAACACCUCACAGUCCAUUAGGCUGUGCAGGAGCCAGACGGGCAGCGCGGUGGGCAGCACGGCAGGCAGCACGGCCCCAUUUCCAUCCCUCUCCAGGUGCCCACAUAUCGUCCAACCCACAUGCUCUUCGAACAGCACCCUCCCCAUGUUCCUUCCACACCUGAACCAGACCCCCACCUCUGAUCCAGAGGGAAGCUGCUACACUGAGCUGUACCUCGGCCCACAGACUUAUGUGGAGAGGCUGCGGGAUGAGAAAGGCUCAGGAAACGUGCACUUCUCACCUGUGGUGGAGGCAGUUUCUUCUUUUGGUCCGAGCAGGUACAAGUCCCAGCUGAUACCUAAGGAGAAUAAACCACUGGAGGUGGGCAUUCUGCGAAGGGUUAAGGAUCUUCUAGCUGAAAUUGACCCCAGGGCGGCGGCCAAACAUAUCACCAAGGCUGACUGCAUGGUGGCCAGAAUUCUGGAGGUGACACCAGAGGUGCAAAGGAUGAUGGGAGUCAGCUCUGGGAUGGAGCUGCUCACUUUGCCACAUGGUCAUCAGCUGCGACAAGACCUGCUGGAGAGGUUUCACACCAUGGCGAUCAUGUUGGCCGUAGAUGUGUUGGGCUGCACAGGGACGAACGAGGAGCGAGCUGGUCUGCUUCAUAAAAUCAUCCAAAUCGCCGCUGAACUCAAGAACACCAUGGGGAACAUGUUCGGCUUCGCAGCAGUCAUGAGGGCCUUACAGCUGCCACAGGUGUCCCGUCUGGAGCAGACGUGGGUGGCACUACGGCAGAGACACACAGAGGGCGCUGUUCUCUACGAGAAGACUCUGAGGCCAUUUAUGAAGAGCCUGAAUGACGGCAGAGAAAGCUGCCCCUUGUCAAACGUCACCUUCCCCCAUGUCCUCCCGCUCCUGUCUCUGCUGGAGAAGACAGUGGCAGUGGGUGAUGGCACGGAGCAUUGGGAAGUGGCAGAAGCCAGCAUGGACGCGGUCAUGUUCCACUUGGGAGCAGCGAGGACUAUUGCACAGCUGGGUGGCAUCUACCGCUCUAAUGCUGAGAACAAACUUCAAGGUUUCCAGGAGCAGGCGGAGGUUCAGGAGAUCUUCCUCACCGACUUCCAGUUGAGGUUGCUUUGGGGAAGUCGGGGAGCUACGGAGAACCAGGCUCUGCGAUACGCCAAGUUUGACCAGGUGCUGACCGCCCUGUCCAACAAACUGGAGGCCCCUGUCAGACCACACUGACCCCAGAGCUGAGUAGACUGUCAUAUUCUCUCUGUCACUACCCUGUCCUACAAAAGGUCCUACAGUGUUCUACGGUGUCCUACAGUGUCUUGCAUCCUUGACGGGAAAAGGGAUUUUUUUUUUUUUAAAUAAAAUAAUAAUAAAUAUUUAAAGGGAUAAGUAAGGUUUUGUGUGGUUGUAUAAAGUAAUGACUCAUAAUCACAGGAAAAACUGAUUAUUUUAUUUAUUUAUUCUAUUAUUAUUA